AAUUCCCGCGGUUUUUUGUUUUGACAACUUGUUGUUAAUUGAUUUUAGAAAAAAGAACUUUUUGCUUUUAUUUAUUUUGUGUAUAAACUAACGAUAAUGGAUCCAUACGAAAUCGAGUUCAUAGGAGAGAACAGGAUCGUGAGCAUAAUACCAAAUUUUUCAUACGACAAGAUAUAUUUGAUAUGCGGUGAAUUCGGGCCGUUUCGAGCUGGUUUACCGAUGAAUGUGCCCCUCUGGUUAGCUGUGAUGCUGAAGCAGAAACAGAAAUGUCGCUUGGUCCCGCCAGAUUGGAUGGAUUUGGAUGUUUUGGAGAAUAUCAAAGAGGAAGAAAAGCGAUCGAGGUUCUUUACAAAAAUGCCUAAUGAGCACUACAUGGUUGAAGCAAAGCUAAUAUUAGGAGCAGCUUCCGAAGACAUUCCUCGUGCUGCAGAAAUCAAAACUAUCAUUAAAGAUAUAUGGGAUAUUCGGAUGUCAAAACUGAGGACCUCCAUGGACGCUUUGAUGAAAUCUGGGGGUUCCUAUGGUAGACUGGAUCACCUGACCAUGAUGGAGAUUAACUCGGUUAAGCCAUUACUGCCUGCUGCUAUGGAUGAGCUUUACAGAAUUAAAAUGAUGACCAGAAAAUCAACACCUGCAACUUUGAAUACUUCCACCUUCAGCCAAUCGGGAAGCUCACAGAACAUUUGACUCUGGACUUUAAAAACAGUGAGUCAGAUCAACGGUGACCUAUAUUGCAAUAACUUGUGUUACCAGUAUUAUACAAAGAAUUUCGAUGUUUUUGAUGUUCAAAGGCGACUUCUUGCAACAACUUACAUUUUACUCACAAAGAGAGUUCAUGUUGUAAAUAUUUGAAAUGUAAAUGGUUGUACAUAAUAUGAAUUUCUGUAAAUGUUAGAAGGCGGUGACAGAGAAAUAAAUAGACUACUGAUUAGUGUUGUAUGUCAAAAGAUAUUAGAUUUUGACGUCAUUUUAAAUUCACGACACUGAAUUGGACCAUUUUUUACCAAUAUUAAACAGAAAUAAUCAUUUGCAACAAAGUGAUGCUGUUUUUGAUGCUCACACAAUUUUUCUUUUUAAUAAAACAUUGAAAUCUAAUAAUAGCUACUAAUAACUGUAAAACUUCUUUGGCCAGGCCUUUGUGACUGA